CCCCGCCGCCGCGGGGCCCCCGCGGCACCGCCUCCCCCCGCUCCCCUCGGGCGGCCAUUUUGUCACCGGAGCGCCCCGCGCCGCGGGCGGUGACGGGAAAAGCCAGUGCCGGCCGCGAGGCACGCCGGGAAAGCAGGCCAAGCCGCAGGCGCGCGAGGCACGCUGGGAAAGCCGUCGGCGCUUCUUGUUGCUAGGCAUCGGGCACCGCAAGGGGCGCCGGGAGGGAAAGAACCAGGAGAUGGGUGGGCGCCGGCACCAAUUGGAACGCGACUGGCAGCGUGCCGGCCAAUCCGCUGCCAGCCAGCUCGCCUCGCCCGCCUCCCCGCUCCCAACAGAAUAAGGCGGGGCCGACUGACAGUUCUGAAGAUCGCCCAAUCUUGCCAGCCAAGGGGUGGGGUUUGACGGGGCCAAUUCGCGUAGGCGGGUUUGUGAGGGAGCCAAUCUAGUGAGAAGCAGGGCGGGACGGAGUGUACCACCCCUCUCCAGGCCGCGGGGGCAGCAUUGAGCUGCUGUCGCGGCAUCAUAACAGCGGGAAAUUCAAUGCUGGGCUGUGGCGGGGGUAAAACUGCGGCGCUCUCUCAGCUGCGAGGAACCAUGUGGUUUGUUUGUUUUCUCUUAUUUCCCCCCCUUGUCGAAUGGUCCCAGCGUGGGUCACGUGCAGCCGUUCCAAGAUGGCGGCGGCGGGGUCCGGGUCCGGCUGGGGGCCGGAGGCGGACGAGUUCGAGGACGCUCCCGAUGUGGAGCCACUGGAGCCGACGUUGAGCAACAUCAUCGAGCAGCGGAGUCUCAAGUGGAUCUUCGUGGGGGGGAAGGGGGGCGUGGGCAAGACCACCUGCAGUUGCAGUCUGGCUGUGCAGCUGUCCAAAGUGCGGGAGAGCGUCCUCAUCAUCUCCACUGACCCAGCCCACAACAUCUCCGAUGCCUUUGACCAGAAGUUCUCCAAGGUGCCCACCAAGGUCAAGGGCUAUGAUAACCUCUUUGCCAUGGAGAUUGACCCCAGCCUGGGGGUGGCAGAGCUCCCAGACGAGUUCUUCGAGGAGGACAACAUGCUGAGCAUGGGCAAGAAAAUGAUGCAGGAGGCCAUGAGCGCCUUCCCGGGUAUCGAUGAGGCCAUGAGCUAUGCAGAGGUGAUGAGGCUGGUGAAGGGGAUGAAUUUCUCCGUAGUGGUGUUCGACACGGCGCCCACGGGGCACACGCUGCGGCUGCUCAACUUCCCCACCAUUGUGGAGCGGGGACUGGGCCGCCUCAUGCAGAUCAAGAACCAGAUUAGCCCUUUCAUCUCCCAGAUGUGUAACAUGCUGGGCCUGGGUGACAUGAAUGCAGACCAGCUGGCCUCUAAGCUGGAGGAGACGCUGCCUGUCAUCCGGUCUGUGAGUGAGCAGUUCAAGGACCCAGAGCAGACGACUUUCAUCUGCGUGUGCAUCGCGGAGUUCCUCUCGCUCUAUGAGACAGAGCGGCUCAUCCAGGAGCUGGCCAAGUGCCGCAUCGACACCCACAACAUCGUUGUCAACCAGCUCGUCUUCCCUGCACCUGACAAGCCCUGCAAGAUGUGUGAGGCGCGCCACAAGAUCCAGUCCAAGUACCUUGACCAGAUGGAGGACUUGUAUGAGGAUUUCCACAUUGUGAAGCUGCCGCUGCUGCCGCAUGAGGUACGAGGGGCCGACAAGGUCAACACCUUCUCCACUCUGCUGCUUGAGCCCUACAAGCCCCCCAGCACCAAGUGAGCCUGGUCCCCCCUCCCCCCCCAGCACAGGGGGGGGGGGGACCUAGCUGUGGCCCCACCCCCUUCUGUGGGGGGGUCAGGGCCCCCUUGAGCACCUCCCACCCCUGGAGCCACAGCAGGAGAAAACUGUACAUAAUAAUAAAGCUGACAAGGAAGACAAGGCUGCUGGUGUGUGUGGGAUU